AUGGAAACUCACCGGUAUAUUCCAGAACAUGCCGUCCCAAUGCCGAUUUCAGCGCUAUUCAAUUCAACAAAAGAACGAAUCGAGUACGGAACGGCAGACGUUGUUCGCGUUCAAGUGAUGGGUGUAAUCGAAUCUGUGAAGUUCGGAGAUUCUGAUGUAGAAUACAUGAUUACUGAUAAAGAUAAUCAUAAUAUUUUGGUUCAAAAAAUCCUCACCGCUUCUUUCACCGAAGAAUCUGCCAAGAAGUUCAACGUCGGGGACCGUGUUGAAGUAUUCGGAAAAGUUCGAAUUUUGGAGAAUGGAAAGAAGUUUUUGAACGCAUUUUCGAUGCACAAAGCUUCAGAUGAACAAUUCGCCGCUUUUCAAAUAAUCUGCCGUUUUUCAGAGAAGUUCUAUAAAAAGCACACACCUAUCUUGCCAGCAGGCGCCAGCACCAAUGUUCCUACUCGUUUCGGUUUGAAGAACAAAGUGGGAAGUUUGAAUCGGUUCCCAAUGGGAAUGCUGGAACAAUCAUCUUCUUGCGAAAAUAAUAUGGGAGUGUGGCCAACGGAAAUUGAACAAUUGGCAGCAGGAAUAUCGACAAGUGGACUUGUUAAAGAAGAAUCAGAUGUAUCUGAGGAUAGCAGUGAUGAUUCGGAUGAAGAGGAUGAGGAGGAAGAAGAAGAAGAUGAUGAGGAAGAUUCAUUUGAUAAAGGACCAGUGAGCCUUGUGCCAAUGGCUCGAAAGGAGAAGCCAAAAGAGGAGCCGGAACCAGAAUAUGAUUCCUUCGAAAACGCCUGAAUUUAUAAUAUUCAGCUUAAUUUUAUUUUAUCGUGUUCAAUUUUCACUUAUAGACAUCUUGCCUUGUCUUUCAUUCCACAAUCUGUUUUAUAAACUUUUAUUU